AUGGCGUCUCCAUCUUUAAACGCGAAGAGCGGUCGUCCUCGAUCCGACUCUAACUCCUUGUCCAAAUUCCCUGAAUUUAGUUCCUCACAGGACGCUUUGCUAGCGCCCUUGAGCUCCUCUGCGCCCCCUGGCUGGUCACUUGAUACUCCCAACGCUUGUAUGGCUUCCCGGAGCCCCCUUCCAAGCUUAAGUGCUGUCAGUACGCCAUUGCACAUGUCGGCGGACGCAUCACAAGUCGCCUUUCGAAAAUAUUCCAUCGACCUACCGUCCCUUACAUCUCCACUAGAGCUCCCCGAGUCAUUGAUGAGCAUCACUACCCAGCCCCCCUUCACAGAUAGCGCCGUCGGAAAUAUCACUUUUAACAAAGCCCCGGGGCUGAUGCGAAGAUUGUCUCGAGGAGCUGCUAAUAAACUCAGUCGCCGGAGGCCAUCAAAUUCUGACAAACGAGACCAUAGCUCCGGCCCCGUUAUCAUGCGCCGAAGAAGUGACAGCAAGACAUCUCUCUCUAGAGACAGCGCUCUGGAUUCGAGCCUUGAAGAGGAUGAAGUCAAACUUGCUCGCAGAGCUUGGUGUGGCCCUGGAGGUGGUGCGUUGUAUAGCGAAUCUCGCAUGGUGACCGCGGGAGUAGCACCAAAAAUUGAUCCUGUUUUGCGAUGCGGUUCACUUCUCACAAAAGUAUCAAAAAAGGGGGGAAAGUACAAAACUUUUUUUCUCGAUAUUGAUGCUGCAAAAGUGUACUGGGAUGUUUCAAACCCGUCGAAAAAGCUCUAUAUCGACGAUAUCAAGGAAAUAAGAGUAGGGGAAGAUGCUCGCAACUACCGAGACGAGCACCAAGUUCCCGCACAACUGGAAGACCUUUGGUUCACAAUUAUUUUCGCCAAUUCGGAAGGGUCCAAGAAUAGGCCGUUGAAAAUGAUGCAUCUGAUCGCCCCAAAUAAAACCAUUUUACAACUUUGGACCAAUACUUUGGAACAGAUAUCCAGGUACAGAAUUGGUCUUAUGGUCGGCUUGGCAGGCUCUGGACAGAGCGAAACGAUAUUGAAAGCGCACUGGCAACGUGAAAUUGGAAGACGGUGUCCUGGUGGUCCAAAAACACAAGAAGAAGAGUACCUUGAUCUUGCAGCUGUCGAGAACCUCUGCCAUAGCUUGCAUAUUAAUUGCUCGAAAGAUGUUCUUCGGGCCCAGUUUGCGAAGGUUGAUGUUGCAGGAACAGGUAGAAUUGAUUUUGACCAAUUCCAAAACUUCGUUCAACAUUUGAAAGAUCCCAAAGAUGUGAGAACUAUAUUUGAAUCUGUCAAGUCCGACAACACGGAAGGCCUCACCUUGGAGGAGUUUUACGCUUUUCUCCGCGAGACUCAGGGAGAAGACGUCGACGAUAAUAAAGAGUAUUGGUCAUCAGUUUUCGAGAGAUUUGUUCGUGGAUCCAAGCUCCGUUCGCAGAGUCUCCCCGAAUCCCGUCUUGACGCGGCUGCUCGCAUGAAUCUGGACGCGUUUUCCUCCUUCCUAUUGUCCACGGCGAACAGCCUCUACCCAGAAGAAGUGCCUCCCACUAAGUUGGAAUCACCCUUGAACGAUUACUUCAUUUCGAGCUCGCACAACACGUAUCUUUUGGGGCGACAGGUUGCUGGUGCGUCAAGCACAGAAGCGUAUAUUUCGGCACUCCAAAAAGGCUGUCGUUGUGUCGAAAUUGAUUGUUGGGAUGGAGCUGAUGGUCGUCCGAUUGUUUCUCAUGGCCGGACGAUGACAACCAGUGUCUCAUUUUCCGAUUGCAUUUUGGUCAUUGAUCGUUAUGCCUUCUUGUCCUCGGAUUAUCCUUUGAUCUUAUCGCUUGAAGUUCAUUGUAGCCCGGAACAACAAGUUAUCAUGGUCAAUAUCAUGACGACCGUGUUUGGUAAUAAGUUGCUCGAUCAGCCACUUCUAGAAGACUGGCCGAUUCUCCCUUGUCCCGAAGCGCUUAAAGGCCGAAUUCUUAUCAAAGUGAAAAUGUCCGAUGAGUGUACGACGAAGCAAGCGAAUGCCAGUUCGAAGAAAGGAAACACUCGUAAGCGCAGCUUAAGCUCUCCAUUUAGCCAGUCUCCUCCCGUUGUGCAGGCACCGCCGCCGCCGCCGCCAGCACAACCCAAAUACUCGCCUUUAUCCUCGCCUCCAAGCAUUGGUCCAAUCGGCGGUCUACCCCCAGUUCUGACAGGCCCUAGGCGGUCUCUUACCGAUCUUAGCGCUGCCAGUGCUUCUGAAGAAAGUGAUGGAAUAUUUGACGGAAAGAAAAUGCCCAAAAGCAGAGUUAUCAAGACUCUGGCGGUGCUUGGUAUUUACACCUGUGGAUAUAAGUGGCGGAGUUUUCAUGCCCCAGAGAGUAAACGAUUCAAUCAUGUGUAUUCGUUUGCUGAAAGGUCAUUGGAAGCUAUAUGCCGAGACGCUGAAAACAAAGCUCUUUUGGAGGCGCAUAAUCGGUUGUACCUCACGCGAGUGUACCCGUCCGGUUAUCGCCUGCGUUCCUCGAAUUUCAACCCAAUUCUCUUCUGGCGGCGAGGCGUUCAGAUGGCAGCGGUCAACUGGCAAACUUUUGACAUUGGCAUGCAGAUGAACCAAGCUAUGUUUGCCGCUGGAAAUGAUCGGACUGGAUAUGUUCUCAAACCCGAGAGCCUCCGUGUGCCGCCGUCAUCCCUGCCUAGCGUUGAUGGGAAACCGAAAAUUGACCGGCAGUUGGUGCGUUUCUGCGUAGACGUGAUUUCAGCCCAACAACUGCCCAAGUCCAGGGGCAUGGGACCUGAUGAUAAUAUUAACCCAUAUAUUGAAAUUGAAAUCAUUAGUGCUGACGAUAAGAAGAAGGGUGUUGCGUUCGGCGAAGGCGGCGUGAACGCUUCUAAUCGUAAUGGCUUGUCUGGCAUCGGCCUCCCCCACCGUCGCCGGACAAGGAUUGAACAGAAAAACGGAUUCAAUCCGUUUUUCGGCGACCCGUUCAAAUUUUCUCUUGAAACGAAAUACCCAGACCUUGUUUUCAUUCGUUGGAUUGUGUGGAAUUCACCGGAUGGCCGUAGCUUUGCAGGGAACAACAGCGUGCAGCUCGCCACGUUUACUGCAAAGCUCAGCAGCCUGUCACAAGGUUAUCGAUAUCUUCCUCUCUACGACGGCAACGGUGACCAAUACCUGUUCUCGACACUCUUUUGUAAAAUCACCAAGUUCGAAUCUACUCCGGCUCAGCAGCGAUAUGAACUCGAAGAGCUAAAGACCGAGCGAAGGGGUAUCUUUCGACAGAUUGGGCAGUCGAUGUUCAAACGCGGGCCCUCGAGUGACAGAGAGAAGGACCUUGCGCGAGAGAAGGACAGGCAUUUCGAGGGUAUGCGACCCCUGAAUGCUACGUCGUCUUCAUCGACCUCUUCGCUCCCGACGCCCACAUCCCCUCCUCCAGGCCCAUGA